AUGUUUGUUGACUGUAAAGCCACACCUGGAGAGGUCGCAGUCAAGCAUGUUCAUGAGGUGGCAGAGAAGCGCCAAAAGAAAGCAAGAGAGACAUUGAUUGAUAUCUUUGAGAUGAGUGCCUUGCCAGAAGAGACUGUGGAGAAGCUGACGUAUGCGUUGCAAGCUCAUGCCAGAGUUGCCAUCCAUUUUCAUCCCGACCGCUUGGCGAAGGGUGGGGAGACUGUAGCCGGAUCCUUGCUCACCACAGGCUGCAUCCAGAGCCAGUUCGAAUCGCAGAUCUCUAAUGGUAGGGUAGAUUUUGCAACAGGAGGGAAGAGAGACCAGUGGGAGAACAAACUGUUCGGCCAUGCCUACGAACAAGCUGCUCCCAGUUGUCGCCCGAAAUACGGUGGUUUAUUCUUGCUGGGGCAAUCGGACGGUCCUGCGCCACGCUUUGGCUCUUGCUAUUUUGUGCUUUCCCCGGACGCAACCAAGAGAACCACCUUCUGCUACGGCGACUCGCAUUUGGACCCACCUACCCGUGGCACCUGUGAUGCUUGGGAAGACAUUUUGGCGGAACUCUUCCAAGAGUGCUUCACAAGAGAUGGAGCACUCGGCAUUGGUGGUUUGCGCCCUCCUGCCCUGGCGGGUCGGAUGUUGAAUCUCCUCCAAGCUCCGCUGAAUGACAAGUGGAGCUACCCACCUGCAAGGAACCUUGACCACUACAUCGAAGCGCAAGUUCACGGCCAGGUGGAGUUGGGGCGAGACGUUGAUGCCUUGGUCGCGGACCCAUCGUUCAAAGGAACCCCUGUUGGAGCGCAGCUGCAGAGGAUAGCGAGCCAAUACAGCGUGCUUCUCCAGUGGCACGCUGGCUCCGAGUUGUCCGUGGACGCGGUGCCGCAGGACUUCCGAGGCCCCCACAUGCCAGCGCUCGCCCGCACGGUUGCGCCGGGAGGCAUGCUGACGCCCGCCUUGAUUGGAGCCGCCGCACGCCGUGUAGCCCAGGGCGAUGCUUCGGAGCUGGGGCAGCCAGACGCUGUGCUUCAGGAGUUGAAGCUGCUGUGGCAUGUGUUGCUGCGCCAUGGUGCGGUUCUCACGCCCAGCGCAUGA